AUGUCGUACAAUAUGAAUGAUUGGGACGAUACCAUGAGAUCCAAAAGCACCGAAACACUAGGAAUUAACAAGAAUAGAAAGAAGAGCGAUGAUUCACGAUCCGACACCGGCUUCCCAAGAACUAGGACAUACCUAAUUGUUUCCCUGGUGCUCAUUACCAUGUUGGUCAUUGCUUGCGUUGUGCUGAGCAUUUUCCUCGCUAAAGAAGUGAAGAAGAAGCAGCAGCAGACAGUCAAAGGAAGGCCACCACCGUCCGAUAUCACACAGAAGGAGUAUUGUUACACCGCUGAGUGCUUACGAAUUGCAGCUGAUUUCACCAGGAACUUGAACAGGUCUGUCAAUCCUUGUGAUAAUUUUUAUCAGUAUUCGUGUGGUUCUUGGAAAAAAGACCACCCCAUUCCCCCUUCAAGGACCAUGUACGACGCUUUCAUUGUACUAGAUGAACAGAACUUUCUGAAAUUACGAGAUCUUUUAGAUGAAGAUGACAACUUCCCUGGCAAGCACGCAGUGAAGAAGGCAAAGAGAUAUUUCAAGGAUUGCAUGAAUGAAGAGCAAGUAGAAAACACCUCUCAAAAAAGUAUCGAACAGUUCAUUGCCAAAUAUGGCUCCUGGGCUUUGAAUAAUCAGACGUGGAACUCUACAAACUGGAAGUGGUCGAACGUUUUAUUAGCUAUGACAUUAGAUCUUGAAGAAACGCCCCUUUUUGCUACCAAGCGUGAUAUCAACCCAAAGGAGUCAUCUCGACAUAUAUUAAGGGUAAGUAAACUUUUGUGUUCUCGAUAA